AAUUUGUUGUUGGAAAAUAUAUUUUUCUUAAUAGAAAAAACCAGUAAUCUUGUGUCACUGACACUGCUACAGUUACAGGUUUUAAGGAUCUGAAUUGGAAGAGUGAGUUCGGGGAGGUUGAAGUGGAUCGCGAAGUGAGUCAACUUCCGAGUCGCGUAACUCAGAGUUUUGUGAUUUGAAAAUUCGAAAUGUCUCUGAAAGCAUCUUAUUCAUCGGAGAAUCUGAUUCUUCCGGUAUCCGAUCCUCCAAACGAUGAAGACCGAGAGAGGCUUUUGAAGAGCGAUGAUACGAUCCUCAGAGGUUCUUCCAUGACUAAACGUGGAGCAUUCGCUGCUAUCUCUUACAUGUCUUGCGCUGUGCUCUUGGUGAUGUUCAAUAAGGCGGCUCUUUCAUCUUAUGACUUUCCAUCUGCAAAUUUCAUCGCUCUUCUUCAGGAUACUAUACGGUGUCUAUGCCUCUCCAGACAUAUGCUUUUAUUCAUUAAAGAAAUGCACAACAAAGUCAAAGAAUGAAUAAAUAAAAGUAUUUAAAAUAAAGAAGUUAGAAGGCCAAAAGGAAAAGAACAAGAAUAGCUAGAUCUGGAAAAGAACAAGAAUAGCUAAAUCUAAGUCUAAAGGAUGACAUAAUAGGCUGAGGAUGGUUCAGCAAAGUUGAAAGCAACCCAUCAAGCAUGUGCAGAGGCUAAAAUCAUAUCAUUUAUUGUGCUUGCACGAAUUAAUACAUGAAGAAGUCAAGUUAAAGAAAGGCAACAACAAACAAGCCAAAAAUGGAAGAUCACAUGUGACAGCAGAUCUGAUCAUCGGAUUGAGGAUGACAUUCCUAUGUAAGAUGGGUCAUAAAAUUCAAGCAACAAUACAAAAAGCUCUUAUUUCUCGACUUGAGACUACUAUUCGUGAGAGAGUUGUGUACAACUUUCGUCCUCCUGUUGUUGCGUUUAAAUAUGGAGCAUUUGCAAAAUAGUAUAGUGGUCCCAAAAUUAAAAAAUUUAUAUUAUUUUUACUUUAGUGCCAUCAGACUUUCCUUUUUAAUUCGCCGUCCUCUGUUAACCGUCUCUCUUCGAUAAUCUCAUUUUUUCGUCUCCUUACAAAUAUCAUUCAUAUUUAUACACAA